AUGCCAUUUUUUAAACGACAACUUGAAUCAUCCUAUGGAAGCCCCAGCAGAAUUAGAUUCAGUCCCGAGCCAAAGAAAAAUGAUACUGGUCAAACCGAGAUGGCUCAACCGGAAAUGGAAACUACGCCUUCUGCAAUUCCUGCAGAAGAUACCCAGAAAGUGGCACAGGAUAACCAUCCCGAGCCAGUAGUCAAGAUUAAAGACGUGGAACCAAGACAAGAGGAAACUCUGAGUGCCUUCGAACAAGAGCUUCAAAAGGCUCACGAUAGAGACAUCGAAAGAGCUCACGGAACAAGAGGUGCACAGAAUGAUUGUGGAAAUGCGCCAAGCCGCUGA